CUAACUCGAUAAACAGCAACUCCCCUGGUCGCAGGCCUGGUGGCCUACUGGCGCAGUCUCCCCAACAUCGCCAACGGGUGGGGAGAGGAGCUUAAGAAGCCCGCCAACGUGAAGAAGCUGCUGCGCUACAUGCAACGGGUGAUCCUGGACGAGGACCUCGCCCUAGGUCUCGACAAGUCGCAGGUCUUCUUCGACGACGAGGAGGACGCGGAGUACAACUUCCCCGCCGACCACCGGAAUCUCGACAAAGUCCCCUUCAUAUGGUCCGGCACACACAGCGGCGAGAACUGCCUGGUCAAUCCGGACGCGCACCCCAGCUGCCCACGUGGCAAGAUCGAGGACUUAGAGCCCUUCGGCGCCGGGUGCUCGCAGCCGGGAACACCAUCGCAGAGGCUUGCCAGGCGUGCCGGCGUGUGCGUCGUGCGACCGGGCAACGGCGGCGGCCGCGGGCCAGGCGCCAUCGGCGACCCCAUCACCUUCAGACCGGGUCCGGCGUCGCCGACGUGCGUCCCGGGAUCCCCCGGCUGCGGCACACUCUGCAGGGGCUACUACUGUGUGCCACAGCCGACGGGUUUCCCGCCGGAUCGCUGGGACCCGGAGGACCCGGCGCACCAGCCGACGAGGAGGACAACGGCAACGCCGACGCGCUCCCUGCCCACGCCGAGCAGUACGUCGUGCGCCUCGUACACAACCACGACCGUGUGCAACGGCAGUGGCGGGCGAUCCGUGUGCGUCCCGUCCAGCUCGUGCGCGACACCAACGCUACCACCGCUCGACGAGGAUGGGCCGUACAGCGGGCCCGGGUGCGCGACGUACACGCCGACGACCGUCUGCAACGGCAGCGGCGGGCGAUCCGUGUGCGUUACCGGCAGAAUCUGCAUCCCGACGCACGCGCCGUGCCCAGCCUGGCCCACCAUCGGCACGCCCCGGUGCCCGCCCGAUUUCCCCACCUGCCUGCGGACAACUCAGGUAACGCUGUGUGCGCUGAAACAGCGGACUGUCGAGGCGCGCUUGACGCCGCCGCCUUCCCCGCCUACGCCCACACCCACUCCGCCGGCGGCGGCUCAAGCGGUCGGUGGCCGCUUCUUCCAGCGCCGCGACCAACCACAGCAGCAGCAGCAACAACAACAACAAAAGCCAACAGUGCCAUUAGAGCCCGUACUAAUACCAGAAGACGCGACUCUCGACGACCUUGUCCCGGCAGCGGCGGUAGCUGACAACAACGGCAUCAGCACCGACAACACCACUUCCGUCCUCGACCUCGAACUCGCCCCAUUCGCCCUCAAUAAACGCCAAGACAUCCCCUGGGGCUGCGGCGGUCACGAGACAGGCGGCUGCACCGUGUACACCGAUUGCCAGCAGGGCUUCUGCGCGCGGGCGGAGCGGGUAUCCUGCGUCUUGGCUUUGAUCCGCAUUGAGAUGCACCCGAUCGACACCGAGGUCAUGCUGUCCGUCUACGAGAACGGCGAGCUCAUGUGCUCGCGCUCCAUAAAGUGCCUGACCAUCCUCUCGCCGGACUGUCUGAUUGACCAGUCUGGUGGGGAGUUUGAUUGCGGGACCGGCAGGGUUACGUCGUGGGAAAACGGCUUGUCGACGGUGGUGUAUGUCUCGGGCGCUGGGCGUAGGUAUGUUAUGUACCUGGGCCAGGAGGGCGGGGACCAGUUCCGCCCGUGCCAGGUCGCGGGGCGGUUGAUUGCGCUUUGUGUCGAUAGUGACUGGGCUGGGUACGAUGGGCUUUGUCGGACGUUGUUGAAGCCGCGGGAGCGGCGCUUGGAGCUGGGAAUGGGGCGGUGGGUGAAUGAGACGGUGCCGGUGCUGGAGUCGUGAUGGUGUGAGGCGACUAUCUUUUCUUCUUUUCCUUUCUUUUCUUUCCUCUCUCUUCUCCUUCUCUUCCUUACUGUAACUUGGAGUGGAAGUGUUCAUACUCGACAGUGGCGUGUGCCGCACUGUGAAGCAGUUUGAUGCCUGACGGGAAGGAUUUGGUCGAGGAGAAGCCGUCGUCGCCGACCGUUUCGGUGGGUUGUGCUCAGCGGCCGGCCCGAUUGCUGCGGCUUUCGGCCGCCGACGGAAGAAUUGUCGCAUUCCGCCGCCGAAGGGAACCUGCCACCAUGGCAACAAAAAACAAGGCACACCAAAAUCAACCACACCAAAAUUCCAUCAUGAACAAGACUACCAAAACAGCUCCCAAACAGUUCAAACUAAUUGCCUGUCAUCCCUCCUUCUAAUUCUAAACAUUCCUUGAAGAUUUGAGGGAUCUCAUCCACCCAACCGUUGAUAGUUUCCUGUUUGACUGCGGCCCAGC